GGACACCCCCACGUGGCGCCAGCAAAGUGACGCCCAAGCCCUUUUGGGGCAGCACGGCUGGUUUUGAUGGCCAGGCUUAAACUGACCCCAUAAAAGUUAGAGCGUUUCAAGAUCCAUGAGGCACCCCUCAUGACGAGCAACCUCUCUUCCUUCUUCUCUGUCGAAAGGUGCCGUAAUCUUUUACCUCACUCAUUUUCAGUGGCCGCCUCGUAUGGACAUUGACUGCACUCUUCAAGGGUGCGCAAUGAUGUUCAUUUAGCGCCGGCUACGCCCUGACAGCGGAGGCAACGGAAUCGAAAUGCCGAGAGUCAAACCCGGUCAGAGGAAGCGAUCGUAUGCACCGAAAACGAGGUCUGGGUGCUUAACAUGCAAGUUAGUCAUAAUCCGCAAGGUGAAGUGCGAUGAGAGCAAGCCAGACUGCGACCGAUGCUUGUCAACUGGUCGGAGAUGUGAUGGUUAUGAGACCGAGCAAAGGUCUCAGGAUGGCCUCGUCCUGUACAAGCCACAGACAAUCAGUCGUCCGCCUUCGUUCUCCAUCCUCUCUGCACAAGAGUCCAGGUCUUUCCAAUACUUUUAUGAACAGACCAGCUCACAGCUCUCUGGAUUCCAUGGCUGUGACUUCUGGAGCGGUACUGUUCUCCAACUUGCGAGCGAAGAUGAAGCUGUUCGGCAUGGCGUUGUUGCGCUAGCCUCCUUGCACGAGAAUUUUGGGGUGGGCCGCGUCAAUGGUGGGGAUUCUGAACACUUCGCUCUGAAGCAAUACAACCUGGCCAUCAGGCGUCACAUGAACCAACUUGAGAGCCCCAAAAGCCAGGCAGGUAUUGAGUGCCACCUUGCUGCCUGCUUGAUUUUCAUUUCCAUUGAGAUCAUUCGAGGCCAUUUUGCAUCUAGCUUGUCCUUGUUGAAGAAAUCCUUUGGUGUUUUCGAGGAGCUCCUACGAAACCGAAAGUAUUUGCAGAAGACAGCAUCAAAUGAUCUUCUGAAGACAUUCGGAAGCCAACUGAACAGGCUAGAGUCGCAAGCUGUCGGUCUUGUUGGUGCGAAGGCUUGGGGAACUCCGUACGCGUCUCGAAUCAGGGGUCCUCCCCCAAAGUUGCCAAAAGCAUUUUCUUCCGCGGCAGAAGCUCGUGAUUACUUUGAAUACUACGCCAACGCAUUCAUCCUGGGCUCAGGAACCUCGAGUGGGCCAGCCAAUGUCGCCCCAAUGGACAAUGAUAUUCAGCAAGGAGACCUCCGCGCUCAACUAUAUAUUUUCAACCACUGGUCCAAUGGAUUGGAUGAUUUGAUCGGCAGAAGCAACAACAUGCCCGCGAACGAAAGGGCUGCUCUAGGGGUCCUUCAAAUUGAAAGGCUUAUCCUGACAACCUCCCUGGACGUGAUCACGCAACGCACGUCGGUUGAUCUCCAGGUGAUGUGGGACAAAUAUACCGACACCUUUGCGCAGAUUGUCAAUCUUGCGCAAUCAAUACUUGAAAUGGUUGAACCCUCAAAUGACAAAGCACCCGCAUCAAGAAAGCCAUAUUUCACACUUGAUCUAGGUCUUGUCGGACCAUUGUACGACAUUGCACGACGAUGUCGAGAUCCCCAGAUACGGCGAAGGGCUAUUGGACUUCUUUAUGCGUAUCCUCGGCAAGAAGGAAUGUUUGACGGUGUGCUUGCUGCUAGGGUGGCGGAACGUGUGGUGGAAAUCGAAGAGGCUUCGCUGGGUAGUGUCACUUCAUGCGCCGACGUGCCUGACUGGGCACGCCUAUCAGAUGUGCAUCCAGUAUUUGACCUGGAAAAGAAGAGAGCUGUGUUGUUUUACCAACGACAACUCAGCGCAUUGGAUGUGGGGAGAAUACCAGUGCAGGAGACAAUUGAGUGGAAUUGAUUCUGGCAAAUGGACUCUUAGUUGUAAUAUACUAGACGAUGAAGACAAGAGCUCGAAAAGUACAUACUGGAAGCAGGAGUUGGAAAAUCGAU